GUUUCCCCUCCUGCCAUCAACUCAGGCUGCACAUCAUGCUCAGAGCCUUGGGUAGUCCACAUUAAAGCUGAUGGGAAGAAUGACACCAUCCACCACAUCUGGGGCAUGCAUGCUGCUCCUUCCUUCCUCUUUGCUACAACGGAUUUGUCCUCCGAGCUGAAGAUCAACUGGAAGAAAUUGCAGGCGGGAGAAGAGAAGUCGAUUCAGUUUGAUUCUCCACCAAAUUACAUUUUUGGGUUUACUAUACCCAAUUUGAUACUCUUCAAUGACCUCAAUGAUACAGGCAAACUGGAUGGCAUCCCUGCUAAAGAUCGGCAAGUUGUUUCUAUGUCAGAGUUUGAGUGGGAGGUGCAAGAAACCUUCAAUGAUUCAACUCGUGAAGCAGCAGUGAUAUUCAAGACUUCAAAGUUCAGGGGAGAGCUCUUGCCCAAUGACACUCACAUCAAUAUUCAGAUGGCAGCUUAUGGUGUGGAUGGUAGAAGCACGGUUUUACCGCACCUCAUAAGGACACCUGAAUCGGCUCAAUUUGACAUGGUGCUGGAUCACCUCUUUCUGAAUUUAAACUCAACUGAAGAUUUGACCCUUGAAAAGAAGCCAGAUUAUUAUCCAAUGAGUGGUUUCGCAAAACCACGCUGGGCCCUUGAUGUCAUCUUGUUUAGUGCAGAGAUAGCAGAUGAAAAGAAAAUGCAGAUUUCAAAACAAAAAUCUCUUGAUGAUGAAAAUACUCCUGGAGUAUUCCAUUUGGAUGAGAUCACCACACCAUUAACUGAGUCAGGAGGUCAGGGUGGGUACCUCCAGUGGCGGCCUGUUAGCUACCUCACCAGUGAUCGAGAUAUUAAUUUCUCCACCUUUCCCAAUAUUAAUGAGUCAUUCCCAUUUCUUAAGAACAUUACACUUGCAAAGUCCUCUUUGGCAUAUGCACUGCUUGGAGAGGACUUGUUGACAAGAGUCACAGCCACGACAACAGUUGCAUUUGGACAGCCAAAAGACAACUUCUACACUGGCAGUAACUAUACAACAUGGACUGUGGCUAUGGGGCAAGGUUCUCCUCCCAUAGAGACAUUUUCAACCAUGGUAAUCAUUGUUAUUAGCUUGGGGGUUGGCAUCCCUGUGCUUAUGUUCCUCAUUGGAGGCAUUGUGAUAGCAUCACGCAGGUGUCGCCAGUCAUCUGAUCAACUCCUGCUGAAUUAGGCCUGUCAGUUUUGUGUAUAAUUGCCUCACAAAGAUUUUUAUGAAUUUCUUGUGAAAUGGUCAGUAGCAUUUUGUUGCUCUUUUUUUUGUCAUUUGUUAUACAUAUACAUAUAUCAAAACUUAUGAAGUUAUGCUAGACUUAAAUGAUAAUUCAGUGCUAAUUAAGAUAAGUGCCUUCUUAGAUUGUUGCAUGAUUUUGUUAAUGUUCUGACACAACAAAAAGUUUGAUACAAGUCCAAGUGUUAUAGCAGGGCAAUCUUUAAGGUGUGAUAAUAUUAGCAUAUAGAAGACAUGGCACCCAAACUACUCACCAAGGGACAGGUUUACUAUGCUUAAAGUGGCUGUUAGUGAGGUCACACAGUGCUAGUUGUGUGAUUUCAACCACUGAUUGUUGUGCAUCAGCAUUCCCAUGGUUUUCAUUUACAAGUGUAAAAAAGUAUUGUAUUCAUCUGGCUUUGUAAGACCAAAGCUUAGAAUGCUGAGGUACAGUGUGCAUCUCUCCCGUACUGGCUAGUGUCUCUGGAUGAAUAUAAUAUAAACCACAAACUGUCAUCAAUAUACAUCCAGAAUGAAUUGAUACCAGAUACAUUUAAUAUGGUAUUGGUACAUAUCACAAAACUACUAGAAUUUUUAAACUAGCUAUUUUAUGAAAAAGUACUGAAGUUUUCCCAAUUUUAGCACUUUGUAUGUGGAUCCUUUUAAUGAUGAAUUUCUAUAUUUCAUUUUGCAUUUAUGUAAUUCAUUGGGAAUUUUCUUUUUAUACAAUUGCUUUAGAUAAUGAAUUGCGAUAUAUGGGGUUAAGCAGGUAUAAGAAACAGUUACAUGAAAAGAAAAUUAAAUGAGAAGCAAAAACCAGCUCUGCUGUUCCUAGCUCUAGUGACAGUAUAUGGUUCUUCUUAUAUGUAGGGAUAAAUUAAUGGUGCCUAAACAUUUUGAUAAAAAACUAAUAUCAGGUAUAGGAGAUGCACAUGGUCAGUGUAGGAGUGUUUAGCAGCCUUUACAGUGGUUAUAGAAUUUAUCUUUUAACUUGUUUUUAGUUAAUUUCUUAAAUCACAAAACUAGUAAUAUUUAAUGGGACCAAUAAUAUAUUAUUGUAUUUACUAACCAGGCCACAUUGUUGCUAGUCAGAACUUUUACAAUUUAGAAUUAACCUACUGAUACCGGGUGCAUACACUGACUAGUUUUGUUUUGUCAGUUUUUUUACACAUGGAUGGCUCCACAAGUGCUUAAUAACCAAGUAGUCAAAUACUAGGCCUGUCUGAUCUUACCUUUUUACCCCAAUCUUUUGUUUUGAGAAAAAGGUUUUAUUUCUAAUACUGUUAUUAUUAUUACUGACAUUAUUAUAGAUAUUAUUGGUAUCACCAAUAAUAAUAUAACUAAUAACAUAAUAGAAAUAGAAAUAAAAGUUUUCUUUGUUUGUUAACUAAAUGCUUGCAGAGCCAAUUAUAUGUAAACAAAACUAACAAGUCAAAAUCACAGUGGACAAUCCAUGCUGGCACAUAGACAUGCCCUGUCCAUGUGCCCCUCCAGCAUUAAUAGGUAAACAGAUAAUGUUUUUUUAUAUAUGUUGAAUACCAAAGUUGACCGAGUAAGCCUAGACAUGUAUAUAUGAUGUGAAAAUCACAUCCCAGGGAACAGUAUGUAUGCAUAUAUUUUUAUUGUUUACAAUCUUUCAUUUCUAAUUUUCCAAAUGGAAAUUUUUGAAUAUUAACUUGGUGUCAUAUGCUCAGGUGCUGUAAUCUGACGGCUGUGUAGUGUAAAACAGUUCCUUAAAUUACUAUAAUUGUCAUUUAAAAUAACUCUAAAACAAAUGGUUGUAAUUUAAAGAGUUGGUAUGUCAUUUGAAAGCACUUGUUUUAACAACCUGACUUGUAUUUCUUACAUAGAUAAUCAUUGCACUUAAUGAUAGCAGAGGUUAUUUAAAUUUGUAUGAUAUGGUUUAACUUUUAAUGAGUAUCACAUUUAAUCUGAGGGCUUUGUUGUAUUUUCAAGAAUCAGAGGUUGUAAGAAAAAUGGUGGUGUAUCCAACUGAUAUGAUGCUAAUUUUGUUUAUCUGAAAAAUAUACAUCCCAUACCAUGUGUUAAUAUACUCUGGUUGUUUGAUCUCAUGAAAGAGAAAGUAAUGUAUGUGGGAAAAAGAUAAACCAUUUUACUGUAUUCUUUAUGAAGUAUUUUAUGAGAAAUACAGUAUAUUUUAGUACAGUUCAGAGUCCAUAUUUCUACUCAUAAAUUAUUUAAAGUUUACCCCAUAUUUCUCACCUCUUCAUUGUCUGAAUACUCAGUAGAACUUUUUCUGUAAACUUUAAAUUUUUAGAGAGAUUCUGUUGAUAAGGGUCAUGUACUGGUAAGCAUUUAGUUCCUCUAAACAGUAGCGUAUUGGUUAGUAUGACUUAUUGGGAUCAGGAGUGUUUUCUGAAGUUCAGAUACCAAGCACUGGACAAUGUAACCCAUUAUAUUACAACAUGUUUAAUCUCCCUGUUGUAUUUUUCCACAAUAUUUCACCAUGAAUCAGUGUGACAACUGUAUGGAUCUGAUGUGACUUACAUCUGAGGAAAUGUUCACUCAGGGUGUAAACUUCUGCAUCAGAAGCAGAUACGGUUAACUUUCCAAAAUUUCUUGAGGGGAAAAAAUCCUCACAAGCCACAACUUUCAACACUCUCUCUUCCACUACAGACUAUUAAACUUGCCUCACAAUUAUUUGCAUUACAUGCUCUUUAUAGUUAUUUAUUCCCCCUUUCUUUUUGUGUUUCUUCCUUUUUCUUUCUGUGAUGGGAUUUUAGUGAUAGUAAUUAUCUUAUCUGAUAAUGAUGUAAACUAUUCUGACAGUAUACAGAUGAUAAUUUUAAAGUAUUCUUAAAAAUAAGAGGUUGAUUUGUGCAUUGGCAUUUAUUUAUUUUUUUUACAUUGAAAUGGUACCUGGUAAACAAAGAGUUAAUUAAAUUGUUUGAAAACUUGUCUUUUUGUAUGAGAAAAGUCUGUUAAAUAAGUGAUAAUAGGUAUGGUUGUGUAUUUUCUUUGUUAUUUUUGUAAGAGGUUGAAAUGAUGUACAGAGAUGUCUACUUCCAUACGGAUUGCUAACCUGAGCCUUUCCCAUUUUGAAAUCAGUAACAUGUUAGUGAAACCAUGGAUAUCAACACAUUCACCUCAGUAUUAUGCAGACAAGGCACUGUCAGUAUAUCUCCACACCCUAAAAAGUAGGCACACUUACUUCACUAUUACUUAUUCAUCCAAGGGUUUAAAGAUUUAUGUCAUAUCCACUUAAAACUAUCCACAGUUGUACUUACAAUUGAAAUGAGGAACAAAUGGUACCUACUGUCUGCAAGUCUGUUAUCAUUAUAGUACAUAAACCUCAGAGGCUUCUUACUUACAUUCCAUAGAAAACAGGUUUACUUUGAUUUACUAAUAACAAGUCUAAUAAGAAUGAAGUUAUAAUUGGGAGAGUAAUCAUUGUCUAAUGUUACAUGUCUUUCUAUCAUCUGUUGCAUUCAUUUAUAAUGUAAUAGCAUAAUAUUUAGUAAAUUAUGAAAGAAUAUGUAUAUUCUGUAAUAAAAAUUAUUAUUUUG